AUGUUGGAAAUAUACAAGUCAGUUAAGGAGCUUCUGAAACUCGAUCGCGUCUGCAUUGACAAUACUAUUUUUCGUCUGCAUUACAAAGCAACUGUAAUUAUUUUGAUUACAUGCUCAUUGUUUGCGACAUCAAAUCAGUAUAUUGGCAACCCAAUUGAUUGUAUCACUGAAAAUGUUCCAUCUCACGCAAUGAAUUCCUACUGUUGGAUUUACGGUACAUAUACAGUGCCGGAACGUUUGAAUGGCGUAAUUGGUCGCGACAUCAUUCAACCAGGCGUUGGUAGCCGUGAUGGUGCUAGUGAAAUAAAAUUCCACAAAUAUUAUCAAUGGGUUUGCUUUGUUCUUUUCUUUCAAGCCAUACUCUUCUACAUGCCAAGAUUCUUAUGGAAGAGUUGGGAAGAAAACCGCAUUAAAAUGCUCGUGCAUAACUUAAAUUCACUGGUCGUACCCGAAGAUAACAAAGAAGAAAGAAAGAAAAUCAUCAUCAACUACUUCAAAUUGAAUAUGGGCCAUCAUAAUGGCUAUAUGGCCAAAUUUUUCUUUUGUGAAGUACUGAAUUUCAUCAACAUUAUCAGCCAGCUCUACUUUAUGGACUACUUUUUGGAUGGUGAAUUUUCUACUUAUGGAUUUGAGGUGCUGAAAUUCACAAGCCUAGAACCAGAAAUACGCGUCGAUCCAAUGGCGCGUGUAUUUCCAAAAGUUGCCAAAUGUACAUUUAGUUCAUAUGGACCAUCGGGGAGCUUGCAAAAUUUCGAUAGCCUAUACAUUUUGCCACUGAACAUUAUCAACGAAAAGAUCUAUGUAUUCCUGUGGUAUUGGUUCAUCAUACUAACGAUUUUAACCACUAUUUCAUUAGUGCUCGAAGCAUUCAUUUUGUCAUGUUCAUUGGUCCGAAAGAUGAUGCUCAAGUCUCGUUUACGAUGUACGCGCUUACACAAUGUUGUGAAAUUACUGGCCGAAUGCAAAGUAGGUGACUGGUUCAUUCUUUAUUUAUUAAGCCUAAAUAUUGAUGCAGUAGUUUUCGAAGAAAUCAUAGCUGAUAUGUCAGCGAGCAUAGAGAGCGCGGUUUGA